CUUAUCUAUACGAAGGACAUGAUACCAUCAACUCUCCAAUCAUCCUACCACCUUUGAUUCACAGCAUCGACAGCAGCACUUCCACCAAUUGCAAUGACCCACCCACUCACCCACCUCAUCAUCGUCUGCUGCCAUGCCAUAUACAAAGGUGGUCCAACCAAGGGUCGCUCCGAGGACGAAUGGGAAAUUGAACCCUUCCAAAAAGGCGAAACGCCCACGUUCACCGCGCACAUCAAAGCGGGUCUUUGUCUCGCCGCUGAGGAUCCGGCGAGUCUGCUUGUCUUUUCGGGCGGCCCCACGAAACAACCCCGCACAUCGUUGUCGGAGGGAGAAUCGUAUCUUAACCUCGCCCUCGCCAACAACCUCUACACCACCCCAUUCCUUUCCACUUCCCGAAUCACUACCGAACUCUACGCAACAGACUCCUACCAGAACCUCCUCUUCUCGCUCCUGAAAUUCCGGGUAACGACGGGCCAUUACCCCUCCCGCGUGACGGUGGUCACGCACGAGUUCAAGCGGGCGCGUUUCGAGGAGCUGCAUUUCCCGGCGGUGGGGUUGAGUGCGGACCAGAUGCGUGUCGUGGGGAUCAAUCCGCCGGAGGAGGUGACGCCGCUGCGGGUGUUAGUGGAGGGAGAGGAGAGGAGGGGGUUAGGGUUGUGGAGGAGGGAUCGGUAUGGGGUUGGGGCGGUGUUGGGACGGAAGAGGAUAGAGAGGGGGUGGAAGGGCGGGAUAGAGGGGGUGCCAGUGUUGGAGGGCAUACAGGGGGAUGAGGUGGUGGAGGCGUUGGUGAGGUGGGAUGGUGGGGAGACUGGGAAUGAGUGGUUUGAUCGGAUGGGGGAGUUGCCUUGGUAUAUUGCCCAUGGUGGGAGUAGUAGCUGAUUGUCAACUCAUUCUAUAGAAUGCUGCUGCUGCUUUUGUCAUGUAUACAUUGGCUUAGAAGUCGAUAGAUAGAUACGUCAUCCGAAAAAUGAAA